GUGCAAGCUUGGAACACCACAGCGACGGUACAUUUGGCGAUUGCCCACCUUGCCGCCAUGCUCCUCGUGCCCCGUGCGCUCAUCGCCGCCUUGACCGUCGCGGCCGCCGCUGGCUUUGCCAUCGAUGCAUCAGGCUACCCGCGCUACUGCGCCAAGGACAUGUCCAAGUUUGCGAUCCAGCCAGUGGCCGACCCGCAGGCGUCGAGCAUGAAGCUCGUACACGUGCAGGUCAUGGUGCGCCACGGAGCACGCACGCCGUACAGCGGCGCCAAGUGCUGGACCGGCUACAAGGAGACGUGGACCUGCAACCUCCGCGACCAAGUGACGCCUGUCUUACAUGCACCGGGCAGCACGCCAUCAUCGUCGUUGACCUUUGACAAGAUCUACGUCGACGGCGCCAACGUCUUCCGCGGCAACUGCCUCCUCGGGCAGCUCAUCGACGAAGGCUACACGCAGCAGCAGCAGAACGGCGAGUUCUUUCGCCACGCGUACGUGGGCAAGGGCCCGCUUGCGCUCUUCCAAGACGACGAAGCCAUCGACCUCACCAACACGGCAGAUGUCUACUUUGAAAGCACCGACCUCGACCGCACGCUCGGGUCGGGCCAGAUCAUCGUGCAAAGCAUGUUUGCAACAAGCGAGCGCGUCGUUGUACCGUGGCACACAAGCGACAUGGCCGUCUCGAGGUGGUUCCCGAACCCGACCACGUGUCCGGCGCUCACCGCGCUGAGCAAGGCGUGGGCGGCGUCGCCCGAGUCCGCUGCGUGGAGCAACAACCGCACCAACAAGGCGAUUCGGGCGCAGCUGCAGGCGACGAUUCCAGGCUUCAACGACGACCUCGGCUUUGACUGUCUCCUCACGCAGCGCUGCACUGACAAGCCGCUGCCAGGCAACAUGAACAGCACCUUCUUUCAGCAGGCCGCCACCCGCGCCGAGACGACCGCGCUCCUCCCGUACUUUUACAAGAACAGCAUUUACGCCAAGACGGGCAGUGCGCAGUUCGUGGCGCUCAUUCGUGCCCGUCUCGAGGCGGCACUGGCGGGCCGUGGCCCACGUUUCGUGCUCUCGGCUGUUCACGACUCGACGCUCAUGCCGCUGCUGGCCGCGCUCGGUGGCGACGUGUACCUCACCGAGUGGGUUCCAUACGCGAGCCACGUGACGCUCGAGCUGUAUGCGCGCGACGGUGGCCGCUUCUUCUUCCGCCUCACGUACCUCGGCAAGCCGCUGCCUGUGCCCCACUGCACGUCGGAGCUCUGCCCUAUCGAUGCGUUCUUGAACAUGACGGCCUUUGCGACGGACGACUCCAUCUGCGGCCCCAACGGCACUUCGUCGUGGCCCACGGGCUUGACAAAUGGUUCGUUGACGGAGGCGACGACCCAAGAAAGCAGUGCUGCCUCAACGACGACAAAUGCAGCCUCGGGCUACUCGGUGACAUCGAUGGCGAUCGUCGGCGCCGGUGGCUGCCUCGUUGGCGCUGUCAUUGGGUACUUUGUGUCGCGGCAGCAAGCACCGCAGAACGUCUAUAGCGCAGUGUAA